CGGCCGGACCGCCGGGCCGCCAGGGGGCGCCGCAGCGGGCGGCGCGGGGUGAGAGGUCGGGACGAUGGCGGCGGCCUUGGGCGAGGAGGCGCCGGACAACGAGGACUACUACGGGCUGCUGAACGUGCGCCGUGAGGCCUCCCAGGAGGAGCUGAAGGCGGCGUACCGCCGGCUGUGCAUGCUCUACCACCCCGACAAGCACCGCGACCCCGAGCUCAAGAGCCAGGCUGAGCGUCUCUUCAACCUUGUCCACCAAGCCUAUGAAGUGCUUAGUGAUCCACAGACCAGAGCCAUCUAUGACAUAUAUGGGAGGAGAGGACUGGAGAUGGAAGGCUGGGAGGUUGUGGAACGAAAGAGAACUGCAGCUGAAAUCAGGGAAGAAUUUGAGCGUCUGCAGAGGGAGAGGGAAGAGAGGAGACUGCAGCAGAGAACUAAUCCAAAGGGAACAAUUAGUGUGGGAAUAGAUGCCACUGACCUGUUUGAUCGCUAUGAUGAGGAGUAUGAAGAUGUGCCUGGGAGCAGCUUUCCCCAGAUUGAGAUCAACAAAAUGCACAUAUCCCAGUCCAUCGAGGCACCCCUGACUUCCACAGAUACAGCAAUACUGUCUGGAAACCUUUCCACCCAGAAUGGGAAUGGAGGGGGAUCAAUUAAUCUUGCACUGAGACGAGUGACAUCUGCCAAGGGAUGGGGAGAGUUGGAGUUUGGAGCUGGAGACCUUCAUGGACCUCUCUUUGGGCUGAAGAUAUUUCGUAAUCUUACACCAAGAUGUUUCAUCACCACAAACUGUGCCCUGCAGUUCUCAUCGCGCGGGGUCCGCCCCGGCCUCACCACGGUCCUGGCCCGAAACCUGGACAAGAACACCAUGGGCUACCUGCAGUGGAGGUGGGGCAUCCAGUCAGCCAUGAACACCAGCAUUGUCCGGGACACCAAAAGCAGCCACCUCACCCUGGCAAUGCAGCUGGGAAUCCCCCAUUCUUUCAUGAUGGUCAGUUACCAGCAUAAGUUUCAGGAUGAGGAUCAAACACGAGUGAAAGGUUCUCUCAAGGUGGGUUUCUUUGGGACCAUAGUGGAGUAUGGAGCAGAGAGGAAGAUUUCCAGACACAGUGUUCUAGGAGCCACUGUCAGCGUUGGUGUUCCCCAAGGAGUGUCCUUGAAAAUCAAGCUGAAUAGGGCCAGCCAGACCUACUUCUUCCCUGUCCAUCUAACAGAUCAGCUGCUUCCCAGUGCUGUGUUCUAUGCCACCGUGGGACCUCUCGUUAUCUACUUUGCCAUGCACAGGCUGGUCAUCAAACCCUACCUCAGGGCACAGAAGGAGAGGGAGCUGGAGAAGCAGCGGGAGAGCACAGCCAGUGACAUCCUACAGAAGAAACAGGAGGCUGAAGCAGCAGUCCGGUUAAUGCAGGAGUCAGUCCGAAGGAUAAUUGAAGCAGAGGAAGCCAGAAUGGGUCUGAUUGUAGUGAAUGCCUGGUAUGGGAAGUUUGUUAACGACAACAGCAGGAAGAAUGAGAAGGUGAAGGUUAUAGAUGUGACUGUGCCUCUGCAGUGCUUGGUGAAGGACUCUAAACUCAUCCUUACAGAGGCCUCCAAGGCUGGGCUGCCAGGCUUCUACGACCCCUGUGUGGGUGAGGAGAAGAGUUUGAAAGUGCUUUAUCAGUUCCGAGGAGUUCUGCACCAGGUGAUGUCAGCUGACAAUGAGGCCCUUAGGAUACCAAAGCAAUCUCACAGGAUCGAUGCCGACGGCUAAUCCGGGAGCGCGCGUCCCCCACGGUCCCUGGCUCAACAGAAACUGCAAAACCUCCCCCGGACGCUGCCAGUUUGAA